AUGGAUCCCAACAUUCAAGGCUAUCUUCAACGCAAAUUUGCACGAGAGGCGGGAGAGAAACGUGGCGUUUCAGGCCUGCCAAUCCGCACAAAGGAAUCUCAAGACACCGAUAACCUCCCCGAUCGCCAACAUCUUGUCCUAAUCGAAUAUCGAAUUGCAAACAGAACUUUGGGCACCAGACUCUUAAGUAUGGGUGUUCUUCUCAUUCAUGAGUCCAAUUCAUAUAUCGACCUUCUAGCCGCGAUUAAAGGCAAAUCAAAGGAAUGGGAGAAUGUCCCAUUAGUCUGCAGGGAGAAAAGUAUUGCGGUUAGAUGGAAGAUUGGUCAAGCUAUUAGCGAUGAUUCGUAUGACACCCUCUGUGGCCCUGAUGUUGACAUGAAUGGGCUCAUACUCAUGAUGCGUGAGAGGCACUGGAAAGAUCGACUGGUCGUUGUGUACCAUGCAGAGGAGAAUGAUGGUAGUGAUAGUAGUAAGAGCAGUGAGAGUAGUGAUAGUAAUUAG